AAUUAAUUCAAGAGCCUCAAUGGACGUUGCUUUGUCUGAACAAUGGACCCCCCCCACACACACACACACACAAACCAAUAUGAUGAGGAUCCUAGAAACAAGAACCGUUAUUGUGUAAAACCAUGUACACUACAAUCAUAUAUUCUCUUAUCAAAUGUUAUUGAUUUGAUUGAAGUCACCCAAAAUAAGAUGUAUGAAUAUAUUGUGUGUUCUUCACAGCCCUCUGUGUCAUCACUACACGUCCCACCACACGGACUCAUGAACAUAUGUGAUCGUUGAGCUUAUGAUUCUGUCUUUCUGCUCGUGAAUGGAGGUCAUCUGUUGAAGAAGCCGAUAAAUCAAUGAACAUUUGUCCAACGCUAACUCCAGUUAUCCGAGCUGUGUGUGAUGUGGCUCUCUUGUGAUUGGCUGUUGAGUCCUGCUCCACAUUCACGUCCCUCUACAUGAACAACGAGUCCUCCUUCCAGCCUCGCGGCGCCGCUCAGCUCCUCGACGCAGUGAUGUUAUUCCUCAUCAACAUUUCGUGGUUUCCAGCGGAGGGGGGCGUGUUGCUGCUCUGCGUGCCCGCGCCACGCAGCGUUACGCGCGCGCACGCAGAGCAGGCAUCCAGGUCCCACAUCCGGGUACUUUUGAAGCGUUGUCAAGGCAGCCUCAGCGAGCACGGCUGGCUGGCGGAAAGUAGCUGCAGUGUCCUGGCAGCGUCUCUGACCAGACAAAAAAACAUUCACAAAAAACUGUCCCGGAAAGUUAGCUGUAACUCAAAGGUAUCGGGUAUGCAUGUUUUUCUUCCGCACGUUUCCGGGCGUCGUGCUUUACGGCAGCACUGUGCGGGGCUUCCUCGCCUCUUUCCGGGCAGGCGGCGCAGACAGCCGCCCGGUGGACAACGGGAGCCUGUCCAUUGUGAGACACUCCGCGCUCCGGGCUCGACGUACGCCCUCAACGCCGCGAUGUCCCCGCUGCGCGUCGGUGUGCGGGCCGGUGGAUCUCGGCCGCUUCGCCGCGUCUUCAGUCCAAUAGUCGCAGAAUAAAGACUAAAAUGGCUCUCGACAGAUACAACGUGUGAUAGAAAGGGACAGCUUUAAAGGGACAGUGUCAGCGCGCUCCCUUCCUGGUUCCCGGAGCUCAGGCUACUCUGUUACCCCCUGCGCGCGACGUGCUUUGUAUCGUAACGAUGCCGCUGGAUGGAUAUUUAAUAUGCUUAUGUCACAACGCAGCAUCUUAAUAUUCAGCUAACUGUACGGUGUACUCCGCCUCACGUGGACAUCGUGUUGUGAGAGCAGCUGGCGGCUGGUAGCUUCAUUGUCUGUUGAUUAGCGUCCAUUCCACUCUGGAGAUGGCAGGAGCUCUCAUGGGACAUGGAGUAAAGAAAGAGUCGAACACAAAAGAAGAGACGUCCGCAUACCGAUGUGAUCUCCGUGAGAUUAGGCAGCUGCUCAGCCGAGCCCAGCAUCAUGUCUGAGGACGUGUAAGUCGAUGCCGGCGAGGAUUCUAGACUGACGGGAUGAAUUGAAUCGACGCGACGAGGGAAGAACCAACGAGCGCCGGUUGGAUGACAACCGAUGGGCCGUCGAAGCUGGCGAUGCCGACUGCAAAAGAGAAAGGUGGCUCCCCGUCCCACCGCUACCGGCCGGCCUCAGAGUACGAUGACGCCACCCUCACCCAAAAGAGACAGUACUGGAGAACCAAGAAGCGAGAGCAGAGGGCCCGGCUGACGGAGCGCAGAGGGAAGCUUCUCCACCUGCACGGCCCUGCCGUGGGGGCGGCCACGCUCUCCGACCCCUUCGCUGCUUUCGCUCCUCCUUUGCAGAGCGACGACGACUCGUGCAAAACGCUCGCCGUCUCUGGGAAUACGGACUUCGGGGCCAGCUCUGUUAAAGCCGCCGACAACCAGAAGGAGAAGUGGCUCCACACAAUGAAACUUGACCGGGUCUCGCCUCAGUUGCCAGCAUCGUGUUCCAUCGCGGCCACAGCGAGGGGUCCUGUGAGCAGAGCCGCUACCUCACCCACGCCCAGCGGGCCACCGCUGCACCCCCGCCCCUCAGUGCCUCCAGUCAGAGUGACCGGAACCACCAACGGCAGCGCCGCUGAAGCCACGCCUCAGUCCUGUGUGUCCAUGCAGGGCGCAUCAGUCCCCAACGCACAACACAAGGCACAAGUAGCAUUACGCAUCCUCCCCACGCACAUGACGGGCACAGGCAUGCUCCUCCUGUCUUCACCAUGCGGCUCUGUGAAGACAGAGGGCGGGCCUCAGAGUGGAACAAAGAGUGCCUUGGUCACCUUGCAGAGGCCGACCGGCGGGAGCAACGCCCGUUCUCUCCCGGAGGAGGAGAGAGCGGCCAGGCGCAGAGAGCAAUGGCGGAUCAAGAAGCGAGAGCAGAGGGCCAAGGUGGCAGCUCAGAUCGCUCGAGCCAGAGAACGGACGCAGAGCGCGGCGGAGCUGACGUUCCAGAGGCAAACGGCACAACACGCGGGACUCGUUGGAGGCAAGCCUCUGCAGCAUCUUCCACCUCCGUCGUUUCUGAGAGGAGCGGGCCAGAGGCCGUGUCCCCCUCGGGCCAGAACUUCAUUUACAUCUGCCAGACGGGGACAUUAUGACCUGCAAAGUGUGGCAGGGCGUUUUGCGACCGUGAACCUGCCAGCAGAUCGGAUUAUGGUACCAAAUCCACACGGUUACAGGACCACGCCGCCGGCCCUCACGUGUGACGCUGGUUCUGUUAGAAAGCCAGCGGAGUCGAUGAGAAAGUUCCCAGGUUACGGACAUCUUUCCAAUGUGGCCCGAGGGAUCGCACGAUGUCGAACACCGAGACAGAGGUUCAUUGAUGCCCAGAAGAGCUUCAUGAAUCAAAGGAACCUGAGAUGUAGGUCCCCGUUACUUUCUUCCGUCUUUCACACCAGAAACAUGCCCCAAAUCGACCCCAACGACACGCCCGGGCAGAUCAUAGCCAAGCGGAGAGAGUACUGGCGGAUCAAGAAGCGCGAACAGCGAGCCAAGCUGUCGAUGGAGGUGAAGUCCCGGCUCAAGGAGAGGGACUCUCUGAUGCGGAGGAUGAAGCGUUACCAGUCGAUCCUGGAGGAGAUGAGGAGGGCCCGGGCGCUGGCCCAGUCGGCAGGAAGCGGCCUCGCCCACGAGACCAUCGGAGGCUUCAUCAAAGAGGACGGCACUCUGACCGUUCACAUCCCCCAGGCUCCUUCACUGCACCACACAGACUGUCAGCUGCUGCUUGAUGACACUCUCAUCACAAGACCUCAGCACCAACCCAGUCCCCAUGGAGUCACAUCGCCCGUCCGUGUGACCCCGCCUCCCCUCCUCCGCCCAGCUCGGGUCAAAGUCUCUUUUCCUCUUGCUGGACAGUCGGUCAACGAGCCUCCAGGCUUAACCAGAGCGAGCCUGGGGGCUCCUGCUCCACACAUGUUGGCUAUCCAGACGGUCAGUCAGAUCACACUCACUCAUCCUCAGACGCCUCACGGCGCCGCGUCAGGUGUCUGGACGGCGGCGCCGAACCUCGGGGGCUGCAUCAUGAAGAUGGCGGUGUCGAGUAAUCUGUCGUCGCUCUCUCUGGAUCCAAACCUGACGGAGGAGGAGAGGAUGGCCAAGAAGAGGGAGUACUGGAGGAUCAAGAAGCGCGAGCAGCGAGCGGCUCGCGCGUCUCGGCUGAAGCAGGGCGUCCUGCAGGCCAGGGCCAGCGCCACCUUACAGAGGAGGAGGGCCCAGAAGCUCGGAGCAAUCACCUCCGCGCCAUUGGGCAGAAGUCUCCCUGACCACACAGGAAAUGCACAAUCGCUCCCCAAUGACACGCCGGCUACGCCACAUGCCAACGAGAUCAAACAAGAGCGUGAGUCUCUGCCAGACGUUGACCUCCAUUCUCCACCAGAACACGCCCUCUGUCCAGACAUCAAAGCCCCCAGCUCCCCCCCCCCCGUGCCUCCUGCUGAGCCUGACCCGGCUCUGAAUGCAGAAUGCCAAGCCACCACGCUGCUCGCCGUCGCCUCCAUGAAGAAACUCUUGGAAGAGUCGCUGAGCACCGUGGCGGAGUGCGGCGGCGAGCCGACCGCCAUCAAGACGGAGGAGGCCUCGGAGCAAGAGAUGGAGCCACGCUCCCCGCCCAGUGAGGCGGCUCCCGUUGCCGCCGACUUGACAGUGGAGAUAAAAAGCUGGCCGCCGGAAUCCGACACCUCGCUCCGAGCGUGUUCGCCGAGCCCUCCCGUCGAGGACUCGCUCCCUCCCCUCCCCUCCUCCAGCGAGGUGGUCCUGCCCCCCACCUGCGAGCACUCGUCCCAAACGCUUUCCAACUUCAUCGUGAACCCAGGCCCGGAGGCCGCUUCGCCGCGCAGAGCCCAGAGGCUUCGCGCCAAGCAGGCGGGCCUCCAGAGCGGAAAGCUCCACCACGCCCCCCUGGACCGACCGCAACCACGGCAACCACCCCGUGAGCAACGGGAGGAAUGCCACAACAGCACCGCGCGACCAGCACAAGGACACCUCGGCGUGGGGGCCGAGCGCGGCGGCUCCUUCAGCCUGCAGAGGAAGAGGGAGUACUGGAAGCUGAUGAAGAGGCAGCAGAGGGCCCGCGUAAGGGCCCGGCAGAAGGACCGGCAGGGGGAGUGCAGCGGUCGCCUCGCGCAGAGGAACAUGCAGGCUCCAUAUCUGGUGAAUAUGAACAUUGUGAGGGGUUUGAACCCUCCAGGAAAGCCCUCCCUCCAGCCCAGGCCACCCACAGCGCCUCUGACUGCAGCGCCCAGCGUCCCCUCCGCCGUGAGCCCCUCAACACGCAGCGCUCAGCAGUCACCUGACGCUCUCCGGGUCAAACCGCCCGUCACCAGCGUCUCCUGUUCGACCAGAAGUGAGCAGAACCACGUGAACGUCGGAACUUCACAGAUCAUGUCCGACGGUCGGGGAGCUCACGAGAAUCCUCAACAAGCCGCGCCAGGUUCACGACAGUGGGUGUCCAAAAGCCCGGACCUGGACUCGGCCCCCUCGCUCCCCACCCUGAAGCCCCCGGACAACCCACUGUCCAGCAUCAACCUUCGACCCAUUGAACCCCCUCGCACUCCACAAUCCAGCCCCAGUCCAAUAAAAAUCCCAUGUUCUCGGCUUACGAGUCCGGCACACAUGACACACACUCCCACCAAGCUGGCAUCGAUAACCGCCAUGGUACCACCGAAGCCCAUCCCAGGGGAGUCCGAGGAGGACUUUCUGAGGAGGAAGAGGGAGUACUGGAGGGUCAAGAAGAAGGAGCAGAGAGCCAGAAAGGCCAUUCGGGACAAGGGAGUCACCCCGAGGAGGGCCCCCAACAACCUGAGGCCCAUCCUGCCCGCCCAGGACACACAAACACAGGAUUGUGGUCAGUGGCUGAGCUCCUCUGAGGAGUCGGAACACAUCAUGAGCAACUCAGAGGACACCGACCCGGGAGGCUUUUGCUUCUCAAGUUACACAGCACCAGUCGAAGUCGAUUCGGAGCUCCUGUUCGGCGACUAUGAGAACGGUAACGGCGAGGAGGACCCCGUGUCGGCCGCCGUGUGGAGGAACCGCUACCUCAUGGACUACGACCCGCUCAACCAGCUGCUGGUGUGCAUGGUGUGUGGAGAGCUGCAGUACUCCCACAACCUGGAGGGCGUGAGGGCCCACAUCGACGAGGCCCACCCCGAGAGCCUGGCCCUGGAGCCCAGGGAGCAGCAGCAGAUCCUGGAGGCCUGGGACGAGCAGGUGUCCCAGAGGGAGCGCUUCUUCACCAGCCAGCUCCAGCAGCACAGCGGGGGGGCGCUGGCAGAAGCCCACCGGAACUGAGGAGGACUGCAUGAGCCCCCGAGCAGGAGAACACGUGUCUGAUCUAUUUAUUAUAACCGCAUCGAUGUGUCUGCCUUCAUCGCGUCACCGUGAUGUCUGGACCGGUCAACGAGCAGCUUUACCUCAUUUACUACCACGUCGUCAUCAUUUGUUACGUCGAAGCCGCGACGACCGACAUUUUUUUCAAAAGUGUAACAUUGGUGUAAAAGCAGUCUUUGUACCCGCUGGAGGCUGGAAGCAUCCUGGACCUGUGAACACAGAAACACCUAUAUGAAAUACUUUUAUACUCCUCUACUUUCUAAAAUCUUCACUCUUUCCUGUAAGUUCAGACAUUUUCAAUCACAUCACCUACAAGCUGUUCAUUGCUCCACUGAUGAUGACGUCAUACAGACGCUCAGUCCCUGGCCGGUGACAUGAAUCCUUUUGUCUUUUCUACAUAAUAGUUAAACUGUAUCCUCAAAGAAACAAAAGGAGCGAGGGGUCAUAGAGUGAGCGGGAUGACCGGACACCGCGGUGUCCUCACGUCCUCCAGCCGGAGGUGACCGGUCUCACCGGCGUUUAUGUUCUAAUAACACGGUGACCCUCGUUCCACACUCUCACUUUGAAAAACAAAUGAACUUCUGGAGCCCGAGAGACCCAACGUCCAUGAUUAUGUGAAGCUGGGGAUUAGUCGAUCAACUAAUAAACAAUGGGUUCAAAACUACAACAACGCGGACACCUUACAGUAACGAUGCAUCAAACCGUGCAUUGAGAGAGUCGAGUAACGGGUCGACAAGCAGCUGCUCCGUUUUGUAUAAAGUAUUCGUUCUGCUGGCUCGUGUUCAGGUCCACGGAGGUUCUGGACCGUUGACGUCUGGACGGUCCUCCAGGAUUCUGUUCUUCAAACCCGAAUCUUACGCGUUUUCCUCCAGGACAACUUUUUUGUACAACUUUAUCAAACCUUGUGCAGUUGGUGUUAGCUUCACCACCUGGCAUCAACCAACCCUGCACUGUAAAUACACUCAAUACCCAAGUGGUUUUACAAUAUUUGGAGCUAUGGUAUUCAUUAUUUAUUGAAUCUCCUCUUAUAUAAUUAUUGAUGACUCAUAUCUGUAAAGAGCUCCAUGUUAGAGGCGUUUCUCAUUUGUGAGUAUUGAGAGUCCGAGGCUCUCCUGCAUGAGUAGUAAAACGUUUUGUACCAUUUCCAUUCAGUCAAAUGAUGUUCUGUUUGAGCACACGGCUGUAUAGAAGAUGACGGCUGUAUAGAAGACUGCCUGCACAGCUGCACAGUGUAGCUAGCUGGAAGUGACCAAGCUGUUCUACCUUCUGAGAAUGUAAUUCUGACUUGACUUGUUUCACAGCUCAAAGGGAAUGUUUCAAUGCUUUUUCAGUAAUAAACCUUUUCUACCUUUGGGC